CAGGCUAAGGUUUAUUGGGUUGACAGACGUCGCUUUCCCACCAGUCGCUCCUUCCUUCCAUCCUCCUUCCCUCUCGAAUCACAACCGUCCUCGCCGUCGUCGACUAUCAUCGACAGAACAAGAGGCAUACCUAUACCCGCCCUCUUCUCUCCCUCCCUCCACCACAAGGCGUAUAUUCCCACAACAAUCUCCUCGUACCCCGCUCCCUCUCCCCAGUAGCGAGCAAUGGAUUACGACAGAUACGACGCCCUCCUCCACUACAUCUUCAAGCAGACCCAGGGCGAUGCCUGGUUCCGUCCAGAUGCGAACGACGCCAUCGCCGCCGGUGUCGCCAUCAAGGACGACUCCACAGAACCCGCAGAGUACAGGAUCUUCCCAUAUGAAGAUAUCCGCCUCGAGCCCUUCGAGGUCGCCGUGCGCGCCAUGAACCUCGUCGUCGCCGUCAAGGUUCGCAGUGCGGUCGCCCAUGCCGCUGUCGGCGAGGUUGGCCAUGACGAGAAGAGCGUGUACGUCGAUGCGAACACCCGCAUCCAAAUCGUCGACACGAUGAUGAUGCUCCCUCACGCCGACCGCGAACAACACGCCGCCUUCAUCCGAGACGAGCGCGUCCUCGUCGUCUGGUCCGACUCCCUCGAAGCCAUCAUCCCAACAUGUUCCGACUUCGAAGAACGCCUCAUCAAACUCCUCUGGCGCGGUCGUCCCGGCCCAGGCUCACACAUGUCCUCCACCUCGCACGCCAACUCCUUCGCGGCCGACUCCGCCUCCGCGACGCACUCCCUCGUCGGGAUCACCUCCCGGUCGUCCCACGCCGGCGGACGGCCGUCCGGUCUCGGUGGGGAUUCCGAGAAGAAUGGGUAUAUGGGCGAGGUGACGAAGAGGACGGUGACGAAGAGGAGGUGGUAUGGGAAGAAGUAUACGAUUGAGGUUACGGAGAUUGAUGGAGUUGAUGUGGAGAGCUUGGGUCCGGAGAAGAGGCCGGCGUUGCUUUAUGCCCCGGUUUAUAAUGGGCUGGCGAUGGGUCUUGCUAUGGUGUUCAUUGGGAACGGGAUCAAGACGUUGUUGGUUGAGUUUAGGCAAGAUAACGGAUUCAUUCGUUUCGCGCUGGUUGCGGUGAUGCCCCUCCUGCUCUGUGUAUCACUCUUUUUCACGCUGCAGAUCAUUCAAAACAUCGCCAUGGUCGUCGGUCCUGUCGCUCAGUACCACGAAAACACAAAGUAUUACUCCGCCGUCAAGCCUCGGCCGAACAAAGAGGUCGACAACAACCUCCCGCAUAUUUCGAUUCAGAUGCCCGUGUACAAGGAGUCGCUCGAGGCCGUGCUCGCGCCGUCGAUUGCUUCGCUUAAGAAGGCGAUGCAGACUUAUGCGAGGCAGGGCGGGACGUCGACUAUUUUCAUUAAUGAUGACGGUAUGCAGCUCCUCACCGAGAAAGAACGCGCGGCUCGUCUCGCGUUCUACGACACGCACGGGAUCGGCUGGGUCGCUCGUCCAGGACACGGUUCAGGCGGCGAAGAAGGCGGCGCGCCUUUCCUCCGUGCCGGUCGUUUCAAAAAAGCAUCCAACAUGAACUACGGUCUCGCUCUCUCCCGAAAGGCCGAACGUCACCUCGUCGCGCUCCAAGAAAAAGAACGUCUCGAGGGCUCUAGGAACUCGACGAUCGAGGGCGGAUAUCCGUCGUCUGAAUACGGCGUGGGGGAGCUGCCGGGCGAUAUUGAGGAGAGGGCGCUGCAGAUGGCGGUGGAGCAGGUUUAUGAGGAGAGUGGGAGGAGGCAUAAGCCGUGGGCGAAGGGCGGGAAGGCGUGUAGGAUUGGAGAGAUUAUAUUGAUUGUGGAUUCGGAUACGAUUGUGCCCGAGGAUUGCUUUAGGGAUGCGGCGAGGGAGAUGGCGGAGUGUCCGACUGUGGGGGUUAUUCAGCAUGAGUCUGACGUCAUGCAGGUCUCGCACAACUACUUCGAGAACGGUAUCGCGUACUUCACCCGUCGUAUCAACAAGUGUAUCUCCUUCGCUUGCUGCAACGGAGAAGUCGCGCCCUUCGUCGGUCACAAUGCUUUCCUCCGCUGGCAAGCCGUCCAGGACGCGUCCUUCAUCGACCCCGCGGACAAGCUCGAGAAGAUCUGGUCAGAGUCCCAUGUUUCUGAGGAUUUCGAUAUGGCGAUGAGGUUGCAGCUUCGCGGGUAUAUCAUCCGUUGGGCGACGUAUUCGCUCGGUGGGUUCAAGGAGGGUGUGUCGCUUACGAUCGAUGAUGAGUUGAAUAGGUGGCAGAAGUAUUCGUACGGUUGCUCAGAGCUGCUCUUCAACCCCUUCAUCCGCUGGUUCACCCGCGGCCCCAUCGCCCCCCAGAUCCACAGGUUCAUCUGGUCCACCGCGCCCUUCCACUACAAGAUCUCGAUGCUGGCCUACAUGUUCUCCUACUACGGUAUCGCCGGCUCCAUCACGAUCUCCAUCAUUAACUACUGUCUCCUCGGCUGGCAGUUCCCCAUCGACGAUUUCUACAUGCAUUCGUUCGAGAUCUGGCUCGCUACGACCGUCGUCUUCUUCGGGUCGGGUAAUAUCGGGUUCACGAUUUUGGAGUAUCGCUUGGGUGAAAGGGGCUUGGUUAUGGGUCUGUUUGAGAAUAUUAGAUGGAUACCUUUCUUCUUCUUCUUCUUCGGCGGUCUUUCCAUCCCGCUCUCGCAAGCCGUCCUCGCCCACAUGUUCUCCUACAACAUCCAGUGGGGCGCGACGAAGAAGGAAGUCGAGCGGUCGAAUUUCUUCAAGGAGAUCCCGAAGAUCGUCACCCGGUUCUGGGUCCAGCUCUCGAUCUCCAUCAUCCUCAUCGCGGCGAUGGUCAUACUCUCGACGUCGCUUGUGCCGCUGCAGUGGAAGAUCGACGGGUCGGCGUGGGCUGUGAUUUUCCCGCUGGCGGUGUCGGUGUCGUGUCAUAUUUUGUUCCCGAUCGUGCUCAACCCGUGGUUGAUGGUGUUCUCGUACUAAGCGCGGCCUUCUCUCUGCUCGUCUAUCUGCCUGCUUUUCCUUCUCUCCAUUCCGUUUCACUGCCUGCUUGCUCUCAACUCGGACUCUGCGCACGACCACGCGUUCUCUCUUCUCUCUGUUCUCAUACCACAUAGACAUCGACUGCAAUCACAUACAUACAUACAUACAUACAUACGCAUACGCAUAUCGCAUACAUGCACACACUCUUUUUAGAACCUGCUAACUAUAACCCAAAUCCAACCCCCUUGCUACCUACCACUGCUCUUCUCGUCGCUCGUUCGUUCAUCCUGCCGUGGUCUGCGUAUUUCGUUGAACGAUAUGAUAUGUAUGUGGUUCGGUCGUGGUCUUCCCGCCAUGCAAGGACAUCGCUAGAUUAUCUGUGUAUACCCAACCAUCGUACCCUGCAGUGCGCUUCCCCCCCUCUCCUCUCUCGUCUCCCCAUCGCGCUCUCAUCCACACUCACACUCACUAUCUCACCACGACGCUCGACUCACCACGUCCCCCGCUGUGCGACGAAGUUUUUGCUCUGCUCGGACUUAUAGCUUGUUGUACGUACGGCCUGCUCGAUGACGUGACGUGGCGGGGUGGGUGUUGUCUGCUGAUGAUGCGUCUGUCUGUCUGUUAGUUAAAAUACUGCUUAUUGUCUUUUACUUUUUUCCCUCUCCUCUUUUACUUUUGCGUUUGACUUUGCCCUCUCUCUUUAUCUUGGCUACGAACACUUUCGAACAAAUCAUUCGUUUGUGUUUUCGUUGGGUGGUCUGCAGAUGCAUAUACGAUCGAUUCGGUUUUCUCUACCUUGUUAUUCCGUGCAGUCAGUCAGUCAGCCUUGUAUAUAGCAUAGCAUUCACGCGCAUGCAUGCCGUUGCGUUGUUCUCUACGACCUGAAUUUGGGACUCUUUCCUGUUUAGCUUCUUUUUGCUUACUUUGUUCGAUUGACGACCCGUCCGCCUUUCGGCAUUCUGUCAAUGAGGUACGGUUUACGGUAGGUGCCCCUGUCGCUUCGUCAACCGGGACCUCUGCCCGUUCCCGAGUCGUUUCUCCUCCACCUUUUCUUGUUCGCGUUCGUAAUUGCAUAUAAUGGGGCAUAA